GGGAGAGGAGGUAAAGAAGUGUGUGCGUUCCACGGCUGCUGCUGAGGGUGUUGUAGUGUGUGUAUGUGUGUGUGCGUGUACGCGGCUGGGGAUCAUUGCGAAAGCGACCUGAUCAGACUUGUACAGUGUGUGUGAGCAACCCGACCCCGCUGCUUGCCUCUACCCAGAGCAAAAGAGAGAUGGGGACCCAACGCAUCGGGGGGAGGUGAACAGCAAAGGGGGGUGGCGGGGGGGAACAAGACAACACAUGCACAAACACAACCAGAGAUGGGACCUAUGCCUGCUGCACCUGGACCUGCUGCUGCCCAGGAAGAAACAACAAACAAGAAAAAAAGAAAUUGAAGAAAGAUUUGGGGGGAAGUGAAAAUCAUUCUUGAUCAUACUAAUAAUUUAAAAAGUCACUUCUCCGGUCCUCCCACCUGCCCCCCUCCCCAAAUAAAAAGGUCAACAGAAGAAUUGGUCGUUGUUGCAAAGAGAUCCUAAGGAAGUCUGGGUUAAAAAAGAAACAGAAACACGCAUAUAGGGCUGGAUCGUGCACAGAGCGGCCAUCUCGGCUGGAAGCAAUUCUUUUGGGUUCGCAUCCAUGGAGUUACUUUGUAUCCACUCCUAAGAGGAGGGUGUCAUCUUCGGAUCCAGCAGGGGGGUUAUUUCCCCCCCUCUUCGCAAUGAUACCAGAUUGAUCGUGCAAAGGGGCUUUCCUGAUCGUUUCAAUCGCUGGACCAUCCCCCCGCCCCCUCUCCACACUCCUCUUUUGUAACCUGAGGGACAGUCUCAACUCUUUGAGGACACUCUCCCGGCAAAGAUGGAAGAGAAACGACGAAAGUACUCAAUCAGCAGUGAUAACUCAGACACCACUGACAGUCAUACGACAUCAGGGUCAAGAUGCUCAAAAAUUCCAAAUACAAAAUCCAACUGGUCAAGACAGAAGGAGAAGAAGCCCUCUGAGGUUUUUCGUACCGAUCUGAUAACAGCCAUGAAAAUCCCUGACUCACAUCAGUUGAGUCCAGAUGAGUACUACAUACUUGCCGAUCCCUGGAGACAGGAGUGGGAGAAAGGAGUCCAAGUUCCAGCGGGAGCAGAGGCGAUACCUGAACCAGUGAUUAGGAUUACGCCCCUGCUAGAGGAGUCUCCACAGGUUUCCCCAAGCAGUCUGUCUGUCUCUGAGAUUUCGGAGGUCCACAGGACGUGCUCACAGGGAGUGAUCCGCUAUGACCUGGAUGAGAUUGACGCUUGCUGGCUGGAGCUUGUGAACAUGGAGUUCAGGGAGAUGGAAAAGCCACCGCUGGAUGAGAUCACCUUGGAGAGAGUGCUGGAGGAGUUGGAGACGAUGUGCUACGAGAACAUGAACAGUGCCAUUGAGACGGAGGAGGGCCUGGGCAUUGAGUACGACGAGGACGUGGUGUGCGAUGUGUGCCGGUCCCCGGAGGGAGAGGAUGGCAACGAGAUGGUUUUCUGUGACAAGUGCAACGUCUGCGUGCACCAGGCUUGCUAUGGAAUCCUAAAAGUUCCCAUUGGGAACUGGCUUUGUCGAACCUGUGCCCUUGGAGUUCAGCCAAAGUGUCUACUUUGCCCGAAGAGAGGGGGAGCUUUGAAACCCACCCGGAGCGGGACAAAAUGGGUCCACGUUAGCUGUGCCUUAUGGAUCCCAGAAGUUAGCAUCGGAUGCCCAGAAAAAAUGGAACCCAUUACAAAGAUCUCGCAUAUCCCAGCAAGCAGAUGGGCUUUGUCCUGCAGUCUCUGCAAGGAGUGCACUGGAACGUGUAUUCAGUGUUCCAUGCCCGCCUGCAUCACUGCAUUCCACGUCACUUGCGCUUUUGACCACAAUCUGGACAUGCGGACUAUUUUAGCAGAGAACGAUGAAGUGAAGUUCAAAUCCUUCUGCCUUGAGCACAGCAGUGGGGCCACCAAACCUCCAGACGAGGCACGAGCAGAGGCAGACCAAGCCCAGCUGGACUUGGAAAAGGUCACGCUGCGAAAACAGAAGCUCCAGCAGUUGGAAGAGGAUUUCUAUGAACUUGUAAAGCCCUCCGAGGUAGCCGAGAACCUCGACCUAACUGAGUCGCUGGUGGAUUUCGUUUAUCAGUACUGGAAGCUGAAGAGGAAAGCGAAUUGCAACAAGCCACUGCUGACACCAAAAACAGAUGAAGUGGACAACUUGGCUCAGCAAGAGCAGGAUGUGUUGUACCGACGCUUAAAGCUCUUCACACAUCUCAGGCAAGACUUAGAGAGGGUUAGAAAUCUCUGCUACAUGGUGACGAGGCGGGAGAAAAUGAAACACUCCAUUUGCAAACUUCAGGAGCAGAUCUUCCAUCUCCAGAUGCAACUGAUCAAGAAGGAUCUUUAUCCAGAACAAACUGGGAAGAGAACAAAGGGAAAGAAAAGUGACCCCAAAAGAAAAGGAAGAGAUGGUAGAAAAAGUAGCCCUGAGAAGAAAGAAAAAAGGAAACCAGGGAACGACUCAGUCUUGGGACAGCUGGGUUUGUCAACUUCCUUUCCCAUAGAUGGGACCUUCUUCAAUAGCUGGUUGGCCCAGUCAGUUCAGAUUACCACUGAGAACAUGCCAAUGAGUGAGUGGUCCUUGAACAAUGGCCACCAUGAAGACAACACUCCAGGCCUUUCAGAGGAGCUUUUACAAGAUGAAGAGACCUUGUUAAGUUUUAUGAUGGAUCAUUCCUUGAAGUCACCAUUCAAGCAUAGUGAUGCAACAAAGAAAGUUAAAAACAAAAUGAGAAUGAACACUAAGAAAAAACUCUCAAGAAAUGACUUGAACACAAUCUUCAAGAGUCACCAAGAGGAGGAUUCAAAUCAGUGGACUAACAACACGAAUAACUUAUCAAAUGAUACCACAGAGCCCUUCGCCCAUGAUGCAAGACCUAGCAAAUCAGAGAAAGGAACGGUGAAACUUCACAUGGACCGCAAAGGGGCCAGUGAAAUAAAAAAGACAGCUAAGAAGGGAUCUUCACAUCCUGUUCCAAAAGCAAAUGAUUCUCAUGCCUCAUUGUGUCUGAGAAGCUCCUUAAGCAAUGAGGAGGAGACAGUGAAUUGUACUCAGUGUGAGUCCAGUUCUCUGACUAAAGUGCCUGACUCAGUAGGUAGUCUGAAAACGGUAGUGAGGUUCAAAUUACCAAAGGAGAGCAGAGGGACUAAGAGGUCACAGAUCCAGAAGCCUGACACCGUUAACGGGCCUCCAGUCAGUGAAAAGUCAAAGGUCAUCUUGCAUCAUUUUGACAAUGAGACUGAUGGCUACUUUUCUGAUGCAGAGAUGAGCGACUCUGACAUGGAAUCCGGUAGUGGCAGAGUGCAACAUAACCAAUUAGAUUCAGGAAAUGAGGAUAUUGUCAGAAUGAGUAUUUUGGCAUCGUAA